AUAUUUUUACAGCUUAUUUUCGUGCCUCGGCAGUCGAAAAUAAAUCACUCUUUGCCUGAACAUUUAAUAAACGGCAACCCUCGGAUUAUGCAUUCCAAUCCACUCGUUUUCAUUGUAUAAAUAAUCUUUAUUUUAAUCUGGACUUUAAGUUUACUUACUGACUUUGCGUUAUCUCUUUAUCUCUGUAUUUCUAUUUUAGGCCAGAGUUCAGUGGGUGAGAUAGACAUAAAUAUAAAUAAUUUUCUCCCAGUGUUAACAAGUUCCCAUUGUGUUCAAUUUAAGCAAUUACUUUAAAAUUAAAUCAUGAACAUCAGCAGCUGAUGAUCAAUUGGAUUAUUCGCUCGAAAUAAUUUCUCGAUAAUUAUGGCUGAGAAUCAUCAGUUUUAUAAGCCGAAGAUCGAUUCGGAAACGGCCAAACAAGUGGUUUUUGAGUUGUACGGGUUGAAAGUGGUUAAAAUUUCAGAACUGGAUGGUUACGACGAUAAAAACUUUCACGUUAUAGUGGAUGAGGAUAUCUGUGACAAUAAAAGUAUCGGCAAGGUGCUUAAAGGAGGAUAUGUGUUUAAAGUUGUUAAUUCCUUAGAGUCUCAAAAUGAAAAGCUUUUCGAAGCUCAGACUGAACUCAUGUUAUUUUUAAUUAAUAAAUUGAGACGGUUGAAGUGGACAUUCUGCACCAAUCUCAACGGUAUUACCAGAGACUAACCAGAGGGGCCAUUGAGAUCUUUAAACAUGACAACAAUUUUAAUAAGAAAGAAGAGGUAACGGCUCUUAAUCCAGAUUGGAAACGCGUUUUGCGGCAAACAGCGUGUGCGCCAAACAAUUAAAGCCCCGCCCACUCCUCAUGCAUGAGCUCACACGGCCGGGCCGCAUAAAUACGACAGGGGAUCCAGUAGUUGAACCAGUCUUAGUCUUUAUCUAUGGUCUUAGUCGGAAAGCACGGCCUCAAAGGCCGAAAAACAUUUCUAAAUGUGAAUUGAGACGGUGUUUGGAACUGAUUUAUGAUAAACACAACAUAAAAUGUCCAGGACCGAUUGAAACGAAAAAUCAUAAAUCAUUUGACACAGUUUUGUUACCAUCAGGAAAACAUAUUGCGAGAUUACUGGAAUUUAUUCCUGGAGAUGUUUUAUUUAAGUUACCCAAUCCAAAAGCGGAUAUAUUUUACCAAGUCGGGUUAUUAACUGCUGAACUGGAUAAAGUACUACAGGAUUUUAAACAUCCAGCAUAUUACAAGCAUCCUCAAUGGUGCUUAGGAGCUUCUCCCGAUAUCCUUCAUUAUUUGAACGCUGUUGAAGAAAAACAUCAAGCUUUAGUAAAAACGGUGAUUGCCGAAUUUUCCUCCAGAGUACUUACCAUCGAGAACAGCUUCAGUAAAGGCUUAAUUCAUGGGGAUGUAAACGAGCAAAACUUAAUUAUCAGUACUACAAAUAAUUCGCCAGUUGUUGAAGCCAUUAUAGAUUUUGGGGAUACUCAUCAUUGCUGCUACUUAUACGAAUUAGCACUGGCAAUGACUUAUAUGAUUUUCUUAGCGAACAAUAUCGAUGUUGGCGGAUAUGUUUUAGGAGGUUACGCCUCAAUUAAAGAAGUGAAACUGGAAGAUAUUAAGCUGUUAAAGAUAUGUGUGAUGGCAAGGCUCUGCCAAUCUUUGGUUCUGGGCGCAAAUUCUAGUCUGCAAGAUCCUAGUAAUGAAUACGUAUUGACCACCGCAAGAACAGGCUGGGGCCUACUUAAACAUUUAUACAGUCAACCCGAAGAUGAUGUAGUGGGCCGUUGGAAAAAAAUAAGCGAGAAAAAACUAUAAGUUUUACCGUAUAAUUGCCACAUUCCAUAUGGAAUAUUUUGAGAAACUGAAGAAAUUCAUGUAAUUAAGUAACAUGUUUAAUUUUUAUUUGAUCAUUUUGAUUAUUUUACAGUUUGUUUCUUAAUGGUCAUAUACAAUAAAAAAACUGCGUAAGUAUGUAAUAAGCAUUUCGGCUGGAAAUUAUUAGGUUUUUAUUAAUGGCCAUAAAACGUUUGUCUCUUAAUUUAAGCCUUAAUAAAUAUAUACCAUAUUUUAGAUAGGCAAAUUUUAACAAUAUAGUUAUAAUAGUAAUGGUCUAAAAGUAUCUUACAAUUUACAUUUUUUGUUAAUAUUAAUUAUAUUCAGUUUUUACAUUACUUAGUUUUAAACGUAAAGCUCUGUUCUCUUAAUAUUUAAAGCUGCAUUCGAAAUAUCGCUGACAUCUCAUUAAUCUAUAGUUAACUAAAAUAUUCUAAUAAUCAUGAUACAUAUUUAAGUAUCUAUGUUGUGCUAAUACUGACAAAAUGUAGGACACUAGGAUAUUAUGUUUCACCAACUAUAAUAAGGUUUUAUGCUACAAUAAUUCUUUCUUACUGAUUUACUAAAAUAAAUACUGUUUCUUUAGCAUUAUUACUUA